CUCGGAUUUUACUCUGUUUUUUGGCUUCACACGCCCGCAGAUCGGCGACGUUGGCUGCUGCGACAUCGCGAAGACUCCAGAACAUCUCUGGAAUAAUCCGCUCUUGUCGAGCGCCGCCACAAUUGACGCGCUGUUGCAGGAGAGCAGCACAAAGGCCUUGGAAGAAAUCCUCGCACCGCGAAGGCCCAAGGACAGAAAUCCCCGCAGCGCGACCGCCAGCGAGCCGCCACCAUGUCCUCCCUCCUCUCCGACGAAGCUUUAGCGCAAAUGGAGCUCAACGAACGCACGGAGUGCGAACUUUUGAUCGUGAGCAACGGCAUGGACUGCGGGAAGCUAGCAGCCCUGAUCGAAAGCUUGAAGGAGAGCUCGAAGAACGCCGGCUCUCAUAAAGCGAGGCAGCUGCUCUGGGAGGGCUAUGGUGCUAUAGCUUCUAAGUUAGGAGGCAUGGACGGGAGCUACGCCGGUUUUCUGCAGUGGGGGUCCGAGGGUGCUUCGUUGACUCCCGCAACCAAAAAACAGGCCCACGCCUUAGGUCAAGGUGGUCUGGAAAUAUUAGGAAGGAGACAUCGGCCGCUCGAGGAGCCCGAGUCCAAGAGCUGGAUUGUGGUCUUCACGGAGCGAGAGGCGCGAGACGCUCUGUCAGACAUCACGUCCUCGGAAGCGUGUAUUUCGAUUACGGACAAGGCCUGCCACGUCGGCACGAGAUACAAACGAAGGAGGUGCAAGGGCGUGUCUUCUCCUCUAAAAACGGCCAAGGAUUUGGAGAAGUAUGUGGCUGAGUUAGCUCCAGCACUACUCAGUGUCGAGUGGUCCUCGUCACAAAACAUGGAGACGAAGGCGUACAACGUCCUACUCGCGGGGAACUUCCCGGCUACACUAACGUCGGCUCUACCUGAUGGAGUAGGCCACGUGUCUUCCCAUUCGUCAGGAGACAUCUACGACGCCUUCCUAGCGAGGAGGUCGAAGCAUUUCGUGAGCGAGGCAGAACGACUCCUAGAUAGCAUGGAGGCUGACCUCGGCAAGAAGCAACUCCCUUGUGUGGUGGCGACGAUCAAAGAGGCGUCCUGCUGCCGCAAGAACUGCCUCCUCAAGAAGGCCUACGUCCAUUCAUCAAAGAAGAAGUUCAUCGACGCCAUCCGAGCUGAUGGCGGCGACGUCGAGCUGCACGUCAUCGAAGGGGACGUCAAGGGCACGCGCUUCCUCGACUUCGGGGGCGUGGUCUGCGAGAUGUUCUACCGCGCCGAUUUAACCGUCUAUGGCUAA